AUGCGAGAGAAAAUUAUUCGAGCAGAAAGAGAAGGUGCUGCCAAGAAGGCCAAAAGGAAUUCCAAGAGCAGUUGGCAAGCACAUGCUGAUGGUCAUGGCUUGCUUGACCCGCAUUUCUCAUUCUCUUCUUUUUAUCAUCUCCUCUUUCUCACUACCCAACAAUGCAACCAUCAUCACUUCUCUGCUUUACUCCACCUCAAGCAUCGUUUUCACUUCAUUGAUGAUUACAACCUCUCUACUCUCCCGUCUUGGAAUUCAAACAAUACCGAUUGCUGCUCUUGGGAACGCAUCACGUGCGAUGGACCCACUGGUCACGUGAUCAGCCUCGACCUCAGUGAGCUCUAUAUCUCUGGGCGGAUUGAUUUUGAAAGCCUCUUUCGUCUUCAGAGCCUCCAGAGGCUCAACCUCGCUUACAAUUACUUCGAUCACUCUCCAUUCCCAUCUGGGUUUGACCAGCUCACCAGGUUGACCCAUCUCAACCUCUCUUCGUUAUCCUUUUAUGGCCAAAUCCCACUGGAAAUCUCCCGCUUGACCUCUUUGGUUUCUCUCGAUCUUUCUCGCAAUGAAUAUUGGAAUGGUUCUGGAUAUCAAUACCUGAAACUCGAAAACCCAAGCAUUGGAGCAGUCGUCCAAAACCUGUCCAAUCUGAGUGAACUCUAUCUGGACUGGGUACACAUAUUACUGCAGGGCCAGACCUUAGAUUUGCCACUCCCUACUCUCCGCAAGUUGAGCUUAAUAAAUUGUGGUCUUUCAGGCUCCAUCUUUUCUUCCCUUUCACAGUUCCAUUUCUUAUCUGAACUCCACCUCAGUCGAAACAAUCUCUCCUCUGCAGUCCUCAAUUUCAUAGGGAACUUAUCCUCAUUGAUGUCCCUGCUCCUUAAAGAUUGUGGAUUGCAUGGAAAAUUCCCUGAGAGUGUUUUCCAGAUGCCAAACCUACAAAUCAUUGACAUAUCAAUCAAUCCCCUUGUAGCUAUCAAUUUGCCGGAGUUCCCUCAAAACAAUACUCUACAGCAAUUGAUCCUUUCAGAUACUGGAUUUUCAGGAAAGUUACCAGAUUCUCUCACUAAUCUCAAAUUCUUGACUCAUUUAGACCUCGGAAAUUGCAACUUGUCAGGAUCAUUACCAUCCUUACUUUUGAACCUGACCAAACUGCAAUAUCUGUAUCUUUCAUCCAAUAAAUUGAGCGGCCCAAUUCCAUCAUCAUUGUUUUCACUCCCAUCAUUACAUACACUGGACCUCACAGGUAACCAACUUAGUGGUCAACUUGGUGAGUUCCACAAUGCCUCUUCUUCACAGCUGGAGCUCCUCAUUUUGUAUAGCAAUAAAUUGAGCGGUCCAAUUCCAUCAUCAUUGUUUUCACUCCCAUCAUUACAAAUGUUGGAUCUGGGAGGUAACCAACUUAGUGGUCAACUUGGUGAGUUCCACAAUGCCUUUUCUUCACAGCUGGAGGCCCUCUAUUUGGAUAGCAAUAAAUUGCAGGGGAUGAUACCGAGAUUUAUCUUUCAACUUACCAAGCUUCAACUACUUUACCUUUCUUCCAAUAAUUUCAGUGGUGUUGUGGAGCUAGGCUUAUUUCAAAACCUCAAAAAACUUUACUCUCUAGAUCUUUCAGAUAACAACUUGUCAGUCCAAUAUGGCAGUGGUAAUUCCACAUUUGUUUCCAUCUCCCAGCUUCAAUCUUUGUUGCUACGUUCUUGCAACAUCAGCACAUUUUCAAAUUUCUUGAGAAAUCAAGUGCAGUUGAGGGAACUGGACCUUUCCUACAAUAAAAUUAGUGGUGAAAUACCCAAAUGGAUAUGGGAGGUUGGCAAUGGGUCUUUAAUCUCUUUAAAUCUUUCUCACAACGUUCUGCAGGGAAUAGUACCAUCUCCCCAUCUUUUGUUGAUCAAUGAAUUACGUGUUCUGGACAUUAGCUCCAACAAGCUAGAAGGCUCACUUCCUAUCCCAUCACCUUCCAUCUUUUUCUUUUCAAUUCCACCAUGUUUGGGUGAGAUUGGUGGCGCCCUGUCUGUGUUGAAUCUUCAAGGAAAUGCUUUCAAUGGCACCUUACUUCAGACAUUUAAAGAGGGAUGCAACAUACAAACGCUUGAUCUCAGUGGGAAUCAAUUGGAGGGCCAAGUGCCAAGGUCUUUGGCCAACUGCAAAAUGUUGGAGGUAUUAAACCUUGGAAACAAUCAAAUAAAUGACACCUUUCCAUCAUGGAUAGAAGCUUUGCCCUUUUUGCGCAUUCUUGUCUUAAAAUCCAACAAAUUUCAUGGCCCCAUUAUACUUCCACAAACAAAUCAAAGCUUCCCAAUGUUGCAAAUAAUUGACCUCUCUUCUAAUAGUUUCACGGGUGGUUUGCCAUCAAAUAUGUUUGAUAAUUUGAAGGCAAUGAUGGAUGAGGACAAAUCUCAAUCUUUCCUUCAUAAAACCCUAUCUGGACCACUGAAAACUGUAUACUAUCAAGACACGGUGACAGUAAUGAUCAAAGGACAAUACAGGGAACUCAUCAAGAUCCUAUCCAUCUUCACAACAGUUGAUCUCUCAAACAACUAUUUUCAGGGGGAUAUUCCAAAAUCUAUAGGGAUUCUCAAGUCACUACAUUUACUCAAUAUGUCGCACAACAGUUUCACGGGCCAAAUUCCAACAUCACUUGAGAAUCUAGCAGUGGUUGAGUCAUUGGAUCUCUCACAAAAUAAUAUCUCCGGGGAGAUUCCUUGGCAGCUGACAAAGCUAACAUUUCUCUCUGUAUUGAACCUUUCACAAAACCACCUUGUGGGAAGUAUACCACAAAGUAAACAGUUUUUUACAUUCACAAAUGAAUCAUUCCAAGAAAAUCCAGGAUUAUGUGGACUUCCACUAUCAAAGAAAUGCAAAGAUGCUGAGGGUGCACCAUCGCCCGCUCCAUCAACACUGCAAUCUGAAAGGAAAUACGAUUGGGAACUAAUGUGGAUAGGAUGUGGAGUUGGAUAUGGAGUAGGUGUGGGGAUGCUUUUCUGGACUCUAGCACUUUGGAGGAAGGGAAGGAGAGAAUUUUAUAUAUUUGUUGAUGGAAUGCUUGCUUUGAUUUUUCCUUCCAUGGUGUUUUCUAAAUAG